UUUUUGUGCAUAAUUAUCGUGUCAAAGAUUAAAGUGUCAAAUAUAUUGCUUGAUAAAUGAUAAAUAUCGUUAAGGUCUGAUGUUUCUUCGUGGUUUUAAUACUUUCUGAUGUAUAAUACUAAUAUCUGGCUGUAAAGAAGUUGUUAUUAACUGUUUAACGUUCGAAGUAAUCAUUUGAAAACUUUCCCUUUUCUAUCUCGUGAGUUGCUCAAGAAAUGGCUACCGAAACGGCGGUCCUUUCACCAAAUGUUCCUAGUUUUUCUGGCGAUAGGGAAAGGAUGACUAUUCAAGAGAGGGAAGACAGUUUACUUAAAGCGUUGCAAUGGGUCAGAGAUGAAUUGAAAACUUUGAAAUCUCAAGAUCAACUGCUCAUGCGACAGUUUACAAGUUUACGUACGAAGAUCAACACACUCAAAGAUGAAAUACCGACAAUUAUGGACAGGACAAGUAUGAUCAGCUACGAUUCAUCCAAAGCAGAUGAUGAUGAAAUAUUUUAUGUGAAUGGUAAUGCUCGUGUGAGGAUAAACUCGAACACAAGUUUCAGAAGCAAAUCGUUGUCGAUCAGUGAUGAGGAAAAGUUGUAAUGAUUCCGCAGUUAACUUGAGGGUUAAUCUGAUUUUACCUUGUUGUAAAUGUUUUUAUUGUAACCGCAAACCCAUGCCGUAAUUAGCAUUUUUAUUUUCAUUAUGAAGAAAUCCACCAAAUUCUUUUUACAUAACAAUUUUACUAGAGAAAAUGGAGUUAUGAAGACAAUGUAUCAUAUAUAAUCUCAGCAAAGCACAUGCAUAUGUAACACAAAAUUAUGUGUCUUUUUUUAUAAAAUAUAUUUAUGUUUUUGCAAAGA